CCCUUCAGCUGUAAAACAUCUGGAUGUUGUUACUCCUGAGCUAAACAGGGGAAAAGCUGUUUCCCUGGUUCGCCAUGAAUUUGAAGAUUUUGUUCGCUAUUUUGGCGGUGGCUCUGGUCGCGAUUAUAGCCCUGAAUUGGAUCUUAAUAGUGGGCUUCGCGAAAUCGGCAACUUGUAAGUACACCAAGUUUAUAGAUGUGCUGGAGGAGAUGCAUGGGGAGAGGUUUCAGAGUCUGGUAUUUCAAGAUCUGGACAGUGAGGAGCUAACCAGCGUGGUGCAGUACCUGAGGCAGAAGAUUACAGUGAAGCUGGUGAACUGCAGUGAAGCCCUUCCAUCAGACAAUUACAUCUACAUGAUCGAACUGCACCUCCCCCCGAAAAGUGAGGUCUUAAAAUUUUUGGACAAGAAGGAACCCCAGCCGAGGAGAGAAGCCAGAGCGGUGGUGGUAUUUGGAGCUCAGAGUGAGCCUAAUAUCACGGAGUAUGUGGUGGGACCCCUUCCUUAUCCAACCUACCACAAAGACAUUUCUUCCCAGAAAUACCAGAACCUGAGUUUUCAUGCCAGACCUGUGACAGGCUUCGAAUAUAAAACCAUCAUUUCAAGAAUGGGAUUGGAAAAAGCCUCUCGGGUUAUUCGGGAAAGGACCAAGUUUCUCGAUGUCAAUUAUGGAAUUGGCAAAUAUGUCAACGAACUGGUGAGAGGGGUGGACUGUCCGUACGGUGCAACCUUUGUAGACACUGUUCACUUCUCAGAGAGUGAGAACCCAAGGCGGGUCAAGAACUCCAUCUGUAUCUUUGAACAGAAUAAACAAUUGCCCCUCAGGCGGCACUAUUUCAGCUGGAACACACCUCCCUCUUACGGGGGAGUGGCCGACUGUGUGCUGAUCAUAAGGUCAACCUCCACCGUGGCCAACUAUGAUUAUAUCUUCGAUUACAUAUUCCACCACAACGGUGUGAUUGAGACCAAGGUCCAUCCCUCAGGAUAUGCACUGACCACAUUUCUUUAUGAGGGCGGUCUUCUGUACGGAGCAAAACUUGAAGAGAACGUUUUGGGGAAUAUUCACACUCAUUUCUUGCAUUUCAAGGCGGAUCUGGAUGUAGCAG